AUGGCUCGUGGCAAUCAGAGAGACAAAGCGCGGGAGAAGACGCAGAAAGAAAAGGCCAACGAGAAGAAGAAAAACAACAUGAGCGGCACCGAGUUCAAGCGGGUGCAGGAAGCACAGGCUGAUAUAAUGAGGCAGAAACAACAGGCUGCCCUGGAGAAGAAAAGUGCUGAGAAGGGUGGAAAAGCCAAAUAG